UCUCUUCUACUGCUGUUUCCUCCUUCAACUUUUUCCCGGGAAAAGGAACCUUCUCUGAACUUUCUCACAGUCCAAACACACACUUAAACACUCAUUCUGCAACUAAAUAAAAAUCCAAAUUCAAAUAUCUAAUGGCAUAUCCACUUGCAAACAUGGAGCUCAGACCACUGGGUAACACUGGGCUAAAGCUGAGCUCCGUGGGGUUCGGAGCUUCUCCUCUCGGUAGAGUUUUUGGCCCGGUUUCUGAAGAUGACGCAAUCGCCUCCGUUCGUGAGGCGUUUCGUCUGGGAAUCAAUUUUUUCGACACCUCUCCCUUUUAUGGAGGAACAUUAUCAGAGAAGAUGCUUGGUAAGGGACUUAAAGCCUUAGGAGUUCCUAGAGACCAAUACAUAGUUUCAACAAAAUGUGGAAGGUAUGUAGAGGGCUUCGAUUUUAGUGCUGAAAGAGUAACUAGGAGCAUUGAUGAGAGUUUGGAAAGGUUGCAGUUGGACUAUGUUGAUAUACUGCAAUGCCAUGACAUCGAGUUUGGGUCUCUUGACCAGAUUGUUAAUGAGACAAUUCCGGCGCUCCAGAAACUAAAAAAAACUGGGAAGAUUCGUUUUAUUGGUAUAACUGGACUCCCAUUGGAGAUUUUUACUUAUGUGCUUGAUCGGGUGCCACCUGGAGCAGUCGAUGUGAUUCUAUCAUACUGCCAUUUCAGUAUUAAUGAUACAACUCUGGAGGAUUUGCUGCCUUACUUGAAGAGCAAGGGCGUAGGUAUAAUUAGUGCUUCACCACUUGCGAUGGGGCUCCUUACCGAAAAUGGCCCUCCGGAAUGGCACCCAGCAUCUCCGGAACUAAAGUCUGCAUGCCAAGCUGCCGCUUCCCAUUGUAAAAACAAGGGAAAGAAUAUCUCCAAGUUGGCAAUGCAAUACAGUUUGUCAAACAAGGAUAUUGCUUCGGUGCUGGUCGGAAUGAACUCUGUUAGCCAGGUUAAGGAAAAUGUUGCUGCUGCAGCUGAAGUAGCAACAUUUGGGAAGGAUCCAGAAACAUUAGCUGAGAUUGAAGCAAUUCUGAGCCCUGUGAAGAACCAAACUUGGCCCAGUGGAACUCAACAGAGUUGAUUUUUCUGCCGUCUCCAUGAUUGUGUUCCGACUUCCGUGAUCAUAUUCGACAUGUACCAUUCAAGAUUUGAAUUGUAUAAUUUGUGCAGAAGGAUCUAAGAUUAAUAAAUUGUAUAAUUUGGGCAAUCUUCUCAUGAGGUAUCAAUUGACUCGAGAUUUUCAAUUAUUUUUCCGUUAUCAAAGUGCAUUUGAAUCACAA